AGCACAAGCCCACCUUACUGCUGUGUGGAUUUAUAUUCACUUCGUACUGGGGAGAUGGUCAAGUCCAUUCAGUUUAAGACAUCUAUUUAUGAUCUCCACUGCAACAAACGGAUCCUCGUCGUAGUCUUGCAGGAGAAAAUCGCUGCCUUUGAUAGCUGUACUUUCACAAAAAAAUUCUUUGUUACAAGCUGCUAUCCAUGUCCAGGGCCAAACAUGAAUCCUGUUGCUCUUGGAAGCCGCUGGCUUGCUUAUGCAGAAAACAAGUUGAUUCGAUGUCAUCAGUCCCGUGGUGGAGCCUGUGGAGACAACAUUCAGUCUUAUACUGCCACAGUCAUUAGUGCUGCUAAAACAUUGAAAAGUGGCCUGACAAUGGUUGGGAAAGUAGUGACUCAGCUGACAGGCACACUGCCUUCGGGUGUUACAGAAGAUGAUGUUUCCAUCCACAGUAAUUCACGACGGAGUCCUUUAGUCCCAGGCAUCAUCACAGUUAUUGACACUGAAACAGUUGGAGAGGGCCAGGUGCUUGUGAGUGAGGAUUCUGACAGUGAUGGUAUUGUGGCCCACUUCCCUGCCCAUGAGAAGCCAGUGUGCUGCAUGGCAUUUAAUACAAGUGGAAUGCUUUUGGUGACAACAGACACCCUUGGCCAUGAUUUUCAUGUCUUCCAAAUUCUGACUCAUCCUUGGUCCUCGUCACAAAGUGCUGUCCACCAUCUGUACACUCUUCACAGAGGAGAAACUGAAGCCAAAGUACAGGACAUCUGCUUCAGCCAUGACUGUCGCUGGGUUGUGGUCAGUACUCUCCGGGGUACUUCCCAUGUUUUCCCCAUCAACCCUUAUGGUGGCCAGCCUUGUGUUCGUACACAUAUGUCACCACGAGUAGUGAAUCGCAUGAGCCGUUUCCAGAAAAGUGCCGGACUGGAAGAGAUUGAGCAAGAACUGACAUCUAAGCAAGGAGGUCGCUGUAGCCCUGUUCCAGGUCUAUCAAGCAGCCCUUCUGGCUCACCUCUGCAUGGGAAACUGAACAGCCAAGAUUCCUACAACAAUUUUACCAACAACAACCCUGGCAACCCUCGACUUUCUCCUCUCCCCAGCUUGAUGGUAGUGACGCCUCUUGCACAAAUCAAGCAGCCAAUGACAUUGGGGACCAUCACCAAACGAACAGGGCCUUAUCUCUUUGGAGCGGGGUGUUUUUCCAUAAAAGCUCCAUGCAAAGUUAAACCUCCUCCACAAAUUUCACCCAGCAAAUCAAUGGGCGGAGAGUUUUGCGUGGCUGCUAUUUUUGGGACAUCCAGGUCAUGGUUUGCAAAUAAUGCAGGUCUGAAAAGAGAAAAAGACCAAUCCAAACAAGUUGUAGUUGAGUCCCUGUACAUUAUCAGUUGCUAUGGAACCUUAGUGGAGCACAUGAUAGAGCCGCGGCCCCUCAGCACUGCCCCCAAGAUUAGUGAUGACACUCCACUGGAAAUGAUGACAUCACCUCGAGCCAGCUGGACUCUGGUUAGAACCCCUCAAUGGAAUGAAUUGCAACCACCAUUUAAUGCAAACCACCCUCUGCUCCUCGCUGCAGAUGCAGUACAGUAUUAUCAGUUCCUGCUUGCUGGCCUGGUUCCCCCUGGAAGUCCUGGGCCUAUUACUCGACACGGGUCUUAUGACAGUUUAGCUUCUGACCAUAGUGGACAGGAGGAUGAAGAAUGGCUAUCUCAGGUUGAAAUUGUAACGCACACUGGGCCCCACAGACGUCUGUGGAUGGGUCCACAGUUCCAGUUCAAAACCAUCCAUCCCUCAGGCCAAACCACAGUCAUAUCAUCCAGUUCAUCUGUGUUGCAGUCUCAUGGUCCGAGUGACACACCACAGCCCCUUUUGGAUUUUGAUACAGAUGAUCUUGACCUCAACAGUCUCAGGAUCCAGCCAGUCCGCUCUGACCCAGUCAGCAUGCCAGGGUCAUCCCGUCCAGUCUCUGAUCGAAGGGGAGUUUCCACAGUGAUUGAUGCUGCCUCAGGUACCUUUGACCGCAGCGUGACCCUGCUAGAGGUGUGCGGCAGCUGGCCUGAGGGCUUCGGGCUGCGGCACAUGUCGUCCAUGGAGCACACCGAGGAGGGCCUCCGGGAGCGGCUUGCUGACGCCAUGGCCGAGUCCCCGAGCCGGGACGUCGUGGGAUCUGGAACAGAACUUCAGCGAGAGGGAAGCAUCGAGACUCUGAGUAACAGCUCCGGUUCCACCAGUGGCAGCAUCCCAAGAAACUUCGAUGGCUACCGAUCUCCACUCCCCACCAAUGAGAGUCAGCCCCUCAGCCUCUUCCCUACUGGCUUCCCGUAGGUACCAGCAACCUGCUUCUGGCUGCCCAGCCCGCUCGCCUGCUGGAGGAGGGGAGAAGCCCCCCUCUGGUCCUACCCUUCAGUCUCUGCUCCUCUUUCAUCAACCACCUUCCCUAAGCUUAGUGACAGCAGCCACCCAUCCUACCUGGAUUGAGAAGAGACCCUUCUCCAAAGCACCUUCGUGUACCUGACCUCUGCCGCACCCGUCAGUGGGGGCUGCGGCCAGAGAGACUGCAGAAGCUCAGUCCCUUCUCUGUUUGCACAUGACAUCCUGCAUUGGAUCCGCUUUUGUAUUUUUUAACAUACCCACGGGAGCCUGGAACAGUGACCAUAUCUUGGGUGGGGAGAGGGUGGAUCGUCCAGCAGAGCAUUUGACCCUGCGUGGACAGUCUCAGCCCCAGCCUCCUCUGGCUGUGACACACACUGCCCCCAGCUUCCCUUGGUCAGCCCCGCUCCAGCAUGGGGCGAACUAAGGCCCAGAGUAUUAGGGAAGGAGGAGGGAAGAAGGAGGGAAGGAGAUACCGCCCCUUCCUCCCUUCUUUCCCCACCGGCUCAUGGGAAGAAUUUGUUUCUUUUCUUUAAGCCCUUUUACCCUGGUCCUGUACUGUUCGGUGAAGGAAACUGGUUACCGAGGCCCUGUCGAAAGUGCACGUCUUGUCUAAUAAAUCACGCUGCAAUUGGUGUC